AUGUUUAUUAAAGUUUUAGUAUUUGUUUCAUUGGUUGCCUUUGCAAGUGCAGGCAUUUCUCAUGUCUCUAUGAGUCAAGGUGGUGGAGGAGGAGGACAUCAUGGACACCACAUUAUUGAAUUUUAUACUUUUCCUCAUUAUGAAUACAAAUACUCUGUCCAUGAUCCUCACCAUCACGAUAUCCAUGAGCAACACGAAAAACGCUAUGGAGAUAAAGUAACUGGAGAAUAUUCCCUUCAUGAACCUGAUGGUACCAUUAGGGUGGUAAAAUACGAGGCUGAUCAUAAAAAUGGGUUCAAUGCUCAUGUUGAAAGAAAAGGACACGCUGUCCAUCCUCAUAUUGAGCAUCAUCAUCAUCAUCAUGAUGAUUAG